AUGGCUGACGAGAACGAGGAAUACGAAGAAGAAUAUGAAUAUGAAGAUGAAGAGUAUGAAGAUGAAGUCGAGGAAGAAGAGGAAGAAGAAUAUGAAAUUGUUGAAGAUGAUCAACUUGAAGCAGACUCAGCAGCCAGACAAGAAGAAAUGAAGAGACAAAUGGAAGAAGAGAUGAGAGCCCUUGAGGCACAAUUUGAAGCAGAGAUUGAGGCUAUGAAAGGAGAUGAUGAAAAGUUAAAAGAAAAGAUUGCCAAGAGAAAGCAAGAAGUUGCUGCAGCAAGAGCACAAAAAGAAGAAGAAGAAAGACUUGAAUUUGAAAGAAUUGCAGCUGAAGAAAGAGAACAAGCAGAAAGAAUUAAGAGAGCUAUUGCUGAAAGAAAGGCACAGUUAGCCCAAAGAUUAGAACUUGAUGAACAAAAGAGACAAGAAGAGUUUGAAAGAAUUGCAGCUGAAGAAAGAGAACAAGCAGAAAGAAUUAAGAGGGCUGUUGCUGAAAGAAAGAGACAACUCCAAGAAAGAAUGGAAGAAGAAGAAAAACAACGUGAAGAAGAAUUUAAACGACAAGAGGCUGAAGAAAGAGAACAUGCGGAGAGAAUGAAAAGAGCUAUUGCUGAGAGAAGAGAACAACUUAGAAUUAAACAAGAACAAAGAGCCCAAGAAGAACAAGCACUCUAUGAAAAAGAACAAAAAGAACUCCAAGAACGUAAGAAGGCAAUGAGAGAAGCAAGAGAAAAACAAAAGAAAUUAAGAGAAGAAAAAGAAAGAAAGAGACAAGAAGAAGAAAGAGCCGCUUUUGAAGCUGAACAAGAAGCUGAAAAAAGAAGAAAAGAAUCAAUCAACAAUUCUAUUGCUGCUGCUAAAGCACAAAGACAAAAAGAAGAAGAAGAAGAACGAGCAUUUAUGGAGAAAGCACUUCGUUUAAAUCCAAAUGCUGAUCCAGAGAAAUUACAACAAAUGAGAAAACAAUACUUAGAAAAGAAAAGACAAAUGGAAAAAGCUCUUAAGCAAGGAGCAGCAACUGGUGGUGUUAAGAAGGUUAAGAAAGUUAAAAAGGUAAAAAAAGUUAAAAAAACAACUAACGAAGAUGGUACUCAAUCAAAUGUUAAAAAAGUCAAGAAAGUUAAAAAAGUUAAAAAGGUAAAAAAAGUUAAAAAGGCAGUUGAACAACCAAAACCUGAAGAAACUCCUAAAGAAGAAGUUAAAGAAGAAACAAAACCAGUUGAAACAACUCCAAAAGAAGAGACAGUUGAGGAAGCUCCAAAACAACAAGCCACUGAAUCUCGUGAAGAAAGAGAAAGAAAAUUAAAAGAACAACAAGAAGCUCUCCAAAAGAAGAAAGAAGAAAGAGAAAGAUUGAGAGCAGAGAGAGCUGCUGAAUUAGAAAGAAAGAAAAAGGAACUUGAAGAGCUUAAAGCUAAAAGAGCUGCUGCCGCAAAUAAGUAA